CGUUUAGCGGGCACCUACACGCGCACAGACAAGACGGAGCAUAUACAUGUAUAUAAUUAUAUUCAAAGAUUGAAUCAAGAUUUUUUUUUCUAACGAAAUUUGCUGUUUUCAAGUUGUUGUUUUAUACAUACUUAUAUUUUUGUGAUUACAUUUGUAUGGCUACUGAUGUCUGGAUGGCUGCAAGUUGCAAAAUAACACACCGGAGCAAGAGUGUGCCAGUCUUUCGCUUCUAGUAGAGAAAAGGGAAAGCUGAAAUUUUGUUUGAAGAAAAAAUAUAUAUAUUUAGCAUCCUUGUGUUCCUUCGAGGAAGUCAAGCUGCCGGUCCGCGUGGCUCGCGGGAACCUCGACGCGAUGAUGGUGCACUGCGCCGGGUGCGCGAGGCCCAUCCUGGACCGGUUCCUACUUAACGUACUGGACCGCGCGUGGCACGCCGAGUGUGUUCAGUGCUGCGAGUGCAGCUGCAACCUUACCGAGAAGUGCUUCUCCAGAGAUGGCAAACUUUACUGCAAAAUUGACUUUUUCAGGCGUUUUGGCACGAAGUGUGCGGGCUGUUUUCAGGGCAUUUCACCCAGCGACCUGGUGCGCAAGGCGCGCAGUAAAGUAUUUCACUUGAACUGCUUCACGUGCAUGGUCUGCAACAAGCAGCUGUCCACGGGCGAGGAGCUCUACGUCAUAGACGAAAACAAGUUCGUGUGCAAGGAGGACUACGCAAGCGCGAGCGCCAUCAGAGAGGUCAAUCUGAAUUCAGUGUCCUCGUGUACAGACCGCAGCCUGUCGCCCGACCUGCCCGAGACAAACACAGACGAUACGAAAGAGACGGACAACUCCACGUGCUCGGAUAAGGAUACGAACGCCAACGAGGGCGAGGAGCAGAGCGCGUGCCAGAAGCGCCGCGGCCCGCGCACCACCAUUAAGGCCAAACAGCUGGAGACGCUCAAAGCGGCAUUCGUGGCCACGCCGAAACCAACACGCCACAUCCGCGAGCAGCUCGCUCAGGAGACCGGCCUCAACAUGCGAGUCAUUCAGGUGUGGUUUCAGAACAGACGGUCUAAGGAGCGUAGAAUGAAGCAGCUCAGUGCCCUUGGCGCCCGGCGCCAUGCUUUUUUCAGAGGACCGAGAAGGAUGAGGCCGCUGGGCAGCAGACUCGACGAGCCUGAUCUCCUUGGCCCUGGGGGAUAUGGCUACUAUGGAGAGUACCAAGGUGAUUACUAUGGCACAGGCGUCAACUAUGACUUCUUCCCUCAUGGUCCACCCUCGUCUCAGGCACAGUCUCCUGCCGAGGCUCCCUUCCUGCUCAGCUCAGGUUCCGGAGACGACCAGCGAUUCACAGACGUGAUGUCACACGAUGACACUCCUAGCCCAGAUUUGCACCCAAACGCACAGGGUGAAGGUGGAUUUGGGACAGGACCCAGUCCGCCGUACCCACUGGCCAGCAAUGCCAACUACAGUGGGCAAGAGAUGGGUGAAAAUACCGUAUGGUAGGGGUGGAUGGGGUUUCUGGACAGAUAAAUGAAGGGAGCAAAAUGGGAUGUGGUGCAGGACACAAGACUGGAAUUUUAGCACCAGACACCCACCCAAUCCCUUAAGAAAUCCCACAAACCCCACUGGCUAUAUUUGCUCCAUUUUCUAGAAGUGCUCUUCUGAGCAGGACGAAAAUAUGUUUCAAGGUCAUGACAUAAAGGAAACAAAACUGUCACAUGGCUCAGACAUUGCAAGGACGUCAUGUUCUUUCUUUGGUCACAAUCUCUUCACUCACUUUCUACAGCCCGACACACCAGUUACAAACACUGGAAUUCUUUCCAUUGCUAUUGGUUUUUGCAUGGACUCAGUUUUAUGGUAUUGCAUCAUACAUAUUAGUGCUCAUACCUGUUAGCUUUGUCCAGUUUUGCUUCACUUAUUAUUUACAGACUAGCAAAUGUUGUUGGUCUGUGUGCAAAUGGCCUGAAACCAGUUAGUGGAUUUGUUCAGAAAUUCUGAAUAAAUUGGGAAUUGGGUAGUAAACUUUAAACCUGCGCCCAUUCAGUUAGGUUUUGGUUUAUUCCUUUAUCCAGGAUCAUCCCAUUUGACUGCUUUUUUCAUGUUCUAAAACUCUGAUCUGUUUUCAUUUAUUGAAAAACAAUAAACCUUUUGAUGAACACAGAGUUUGCUCUCAACCCAGUUGUGGUUUCAAGAGUUAAACAUACAAAGUGUCUACUAACAGUGUAUUCUAUGCUAUACUAUGCCAUGUUUCCUUUUAUCUCUCCAUUUUGGCUAAGCUAUUUGGUUACACAAUCAUCAUUCACCUCCAUCAGUAUGCAAUCAGUAUGUUUUAUUGUUAGUCCUUGGAUAAACUCUUAUUUUGACAUGACUGACCAGAUAAAUGGUAUAUCCAUGGCAUAGUGCUGCAGCAGCUAGCAAGGCUACAACAUGUCUUCUGAUCCCAUCCCUGGUGGAUUCCCAAUUCAAAGCACAUUUUCUGGGGGUUGGUUCUGGAUCCACAAUAACCAUGACCAGGAUUAAGUGAUCAUAAUUUAAGUAGCAGAUCAGAUCAUGUAUGCAAUGGGUACAACAAUAUUGUAGCUUCAUAUUAGCUGACACGCUUUAAAAAACAAGAGACCAAUGAACUAAUCUAAAAAAUGACAUAGAACAAGAAUGACAUGGUGCUUCAGUUUCUCCUUAUCCAAUUAGUGAAGCAACAAACAGUGAGUAAAGUAAGACUUAAAGGCAAUAGUAUUUAAUUGCUUUGUGUGAUAAUGAGAUAAAUCCAUCAGCACUCCAAAAAUCUGUACUGGUGCAGACAUUGAUUUGAACUGAUUGAAUUUUAGGAAUUGCAGAUAUAGUCAUAAAGAAAUAAUAACAGAAUAUACAGUAUAAAGCAUUGAGCAAAGGAAAAACAUGUGGUUUAAAUGACAAAAAUAGUAAAAGUGUCAUUAAUACUAGCAUACAUUUAAGCUAGCUGAGCUUUUGGGAAAUUAACUUUAUAUUGUAUAAAAGUAAGCUGGGUGUAUAUUGAGCUUGUUUGCAUCCACAACCUUAUUGUUAUUUUAUUGCUUCUAAAUUUAUCUAAAGGGUUGAGUUGAUAUUAGACUUCUGCUGUUCAACUGAAAAUAUCAGCUCCUCCCGUGGGUUCUUGGAAGGUAAAGGAAACUGAGAUAAGGUACAAUGUUUUACCUGAAAAGACUGAAAUAUAUGACAAGAUAGA